CUUAACAAUUGGUACGAGUCGCCCACACCCACACCCACACCGACCACCAGCGUCCCUCCCCAGUAGUAGUACUACAAAAGUUGGUCCAGACUCGCACGGAUCAGACAAAACACCAAUUUGUUUCUCGCCUUGGCCCUUCAUUCUGCUUCUCAAUCUCAAGCAACCACAACACUCUUCUGUCCCUCUCUUUCUCUCUGCAUUCUGAACUCACUGAGUUGCACUUGAGCUCAACUGUUUGCAAUUCAAGAUCUGCUGGAUUUUCAACUAAGUGGUCUGUUAAUCACUAUCUCUUUCUGGAAAUUCUGUGAAAUUUGAUGGUUCUUGAUGGUAGGAAAUUUUACCCUGGUGACCAAAUGCAGGUUCUAGAAAAAGUGUAAAAGGUGAAUAAACGACACUAAUCAUCUUAUAGUCUUUCUUGCAUUGUGUGUCCAUAUGGGUCCUGUUCAAAGUCAGAAAGGAAGAUCAUUCAUCACGUACAGGGGGAUCUUCAUUUUGUGCUUGCUCUGAUUAAAGUAAAGGAGAGGAAAAAAGUUAAUGUAUCGUGUGCAAAAGCAUCUGUGUACUUGUUGGGUUCGAUCAUAGUGAAGACAAAAUGAAUCAAGUGCCGAGUACAGGUGAGUGCUUGCCUGAGGAUAUAAAUAAGAUGGACGAGCAAAAGAGUUGUGAUUCUACUGAAAGUAGCGAUACUGGCCAGGAUAUUCACGAAGAAGCUGAACCAAUAAAUUGUAAUGCCAAUAUUAGUUUGACGCAGAAAAAUGAUGACAAUGCUGGAACUGGUGAAGUUCUUGACGAGGACGAGAGUAUGAAUACAUGCCAAAUGAACAAAAGACUAAAAAAGACGGAGUUGUCUAAUCUACCAACAACUGAUUCAGAAAUUAUUGAGGAGGCUGGUUCAUCAUCAUCUGGUUUGCCACACAGAAUAGGAAUUACUUCUUUGGAUCAGCAAGUUGAACUUGAAUCAGUGGAACCUUGCUGUUCUGAGAGUAUAAGUGAGAAAAGGGUGAUUGUGCAGGAAGGGGUUUCAGUGGAAAAUGUUGAGAACAAAUUAUUGGAGGACGCAUUAGAUUGCUGUUUGGAUUUCCAAAAGACUUCUUCAAAUAGUGAUGACAAAAUGCUGCUUGACCAGUCAAAUGAAAAUACAAUUGAAAAUCGUGAUGCUAACAUGCUUAUACUUGCACCAUGUAAGACUAAAAAUGAUGAAGUAAUUAAUGUGGUAUCUACUGAAACAGAUAAUGAUGAAUUCCCUGGAGUAGCUUCUUCAAAUGCAUGUUGCAUAGAUCCUCCCCCACAUUUGGACAAUAAGGAGCUGUUGUCUCCUGUUUCUAAUGAUGCAACGAUGAUAAGUAAAAACUCUUCUGUUGCCGAUAAAUCUGCAAUUAACCCUCUGGAAGAGAUCCAUGAUGAGGCCAAGGAAACUGUUAGUGAUGUUGAAGUACAUGAUGUGGAGUUUGCAGAAGAAAAUAUAGGUGUCCCAAGAGUCGCUUCUGGUGAUGCAUUGAAUAUGGAAACCCAGCCAGUCCAAGGAGAACAGAAUGUGACAUCAAAUGCUGAUCUGUCUUUGAAACCAUUGGACAGUGUAAAAGGGAAGAAGCUUCUUGUUCUUGAUGUGAAUGGGUUGCUUGUUGAUAUCUCUUCAUAUGUACCUUAUGAUCAUGAUCCGGAUGAUAUAAUACUGAAGAAAGCAGUUUUCAAGAGGCCCUACUGCGAUGAUUUUCUGAAGUUCUGCUUUGAGAGGUUUAAUGUGGGUGUCUGGUCUUCAAGAACCAAAAGAAAUAUGGAGCCAAUUCUUGAGUUUCUAUUAGGGAGUGAUAAGUGCAAGUUACUUUUUUGCUGGGAUCAAUCACACUGUACUGAUACAGGUUUUACUACCGUCGAGAAAAGGCACAAGCCUCUUCUCUUAAAGAAACUAAAAAAGUUGUGGGACAAGUGUGACCCUGAUCUACCAUGGGAGAGGGGAGUAUAUAAUGAAUCAAAUACCCUUUUGUUAGAUGAUACUCCUUAUAAGGCCUUAUCCAACCCUAGAGACAAUUCAUUGGGGCAUGGAGGCGAUCUCCGCGUUUAUUUGGAGGGUUUAGCAAUGGCGGAAAACGUUCAGGAAUAUGUAAAGCAAAAGCCAUUCGGCCAGAGACCCAUUACAGAAAAGAAUCUGUCUUGGGGUUUCUAUCUUAAGGUAAUUGAAGCCAGUUCAACGCCGCCACGGGAAACUGAGGAGGCCGAUUCUUGACAACUUUAACAGUUUGAUUUUGUCGUAACAUCAUGAUCUCUGUAUCUGCAUCAGUGCUAUCAGUGUCUCAACCGCUAUGUGAGCGAGUGAGAAAAGUCAAAGGCAAUCUAACUGAGAGUCUACUGUAUUGUUAUUUUGCAACCACUUAACUUAUUCCAGGGAACAGAUUGUCUAAGUGUCAUAGCAUAAAUGAGUUUCAGGAGCUAGAUGUUUGAUCUAUUGAUGAUCAGUUUUUGUAGUUUCAGGUAAAUUUUGUUGCAAUAGUGUCUGUUGUGUUGCUAAGCAAAUCCAUCGUUCGAUGUAGAUGUAUUGUGUAUGAUAGGAUGUGGAGCCGGACAACGGAGUGUGUUACUCCUGAAGUGAAAAUUUUGUAUUAUGCAUGUAAUUUGCUGGUAAGAUUUGUUGUUUCUGCAGU